AUGAUCCACCUUUCAAAACCCCCUGAAGAUGAGACUAUGUUCGCGAACAGCGCUAUAGACUCUAGAUCACGUCGAGCCUCUGCAACAAAGGGUCCAAGGCGGCGUUCAUCAGCACUCAGAUUUUUUGCGUCUAAUUCACCACCGAAACCAGAAACACCAGCCCAAUCCCACAAGCAAUGGGAGAGUGACUACCUCAAAGGCCUUCGAGCAAAUCAUCCUACGAGGCCGAGCGGGUCAAGGCCUUUGCCAACAAGAAAUGGAGCGACUUCAGAGCCAUUUACUAGAGCAGCAUCUGCGCUAUCAUUUAGACCCACACUAUCAAAGCCAGAGCAAGGCGACUUGCACCCAGUCAUACAAGAAAGAGCUACGAGUGCACUCUCUCAUCGGCGUGCACAGUCCGAUAUGUCCAAAGUCGGCCAUUUUAGUUCCCUGACUGGUAGAACUGUGGUGCAGACUCCACACGCACUCCGCUCUACGCGCGACUUUUCGGCUUCCACCGCUGAGAUAAAGGGUUCACCAGAGCGAUCACCAGUAGCCUAUCGGGAAAGUGGUAUGCGUUGGAUGGAGAAGCAAGAGGCAAGAUCGCUUCGUGAAGCUCUAGAGGAUAUGGAUGUUAGGAUUGACGCCAGAAUCCAUGCGGGGGCGCAGGACGAAGCAUCUGAGCUAGUCUUGGACCAUACGAGUGACAAUCUACCUAAUCAAUUUGGAAGGGCUCGUAGAGACUAUACGAAGCACCUGAAGGAAGGGGCCCAUGCCCGUAGCCAAAGUAAAGGCUGGUACGAUAAAUUCAAAAGUCCGAUUGAAAAUGAGGAAUCUAGAGGCAAUCCUGCAAAGGAGGAGUGGUCGUCAAGAAGCCGGGAUCCUCACCCUGAUGAACGGGAAUUGAAAGCUGAUCAUCAAAGAAAAACAUCUAAUGAGAAGCAAGAGCCACAACAAAGGACGCAUGUAAAAUGGGAUUCGCCCGAGAAGAAGACGUACACUAGCUUGGCCUUCCAGGUACCGGCAUUGAAGACUUCAAGACGUCGCUCGAGUGGUACGAAACGGAGGCAGCCAAGUGGUGGGCCGUUCCAGAAUCCAAAUGAUAAGAUCUAUGAAGAUAGUCACACUUCUAACGGGCAUGUACCCAAGAGGACAACAUCAAGCAGAAUCCCUGUUCCAUUGUAUAGUAAGACUACCAACUCCCUCGAUGACUCUAGACCGCCAAUGAUGCAUCCAAAUUCCUCGGCGAAGAUCCCAAAUGACACGUCCAGUCCUGCAUUUCGUGCCGAGAUCCAUAGAAAUCCGCCCUCGCAGUCGCACAACCCAACCUAUACGACUAACCAAAGCCAGAAGCGAGACGAGGCAAUCGGAGAGCAACAUUCAGAUCGAUCUGUCCAAUCAGAGGAUGGCAAGGAGGUUCGAAGCGAGGACAUUCGGGCUGCCACAAGUAUGCGAUUUAUGGACCGUAGUCCGAAACUGCCCAAACCAGCGUUCGUGAGUGAGCAGCCUGGUCGACAUAUCGUUAGCUUUGACAAAGACUGGAAACCCAAGCAUCCAGAAAACAGGAAAGAUUCGAUUAACAACCGAGAUGCUGAAAACAUAGCGAGAGAGCGUCCUAGACUCCCUCCACUAAUCUCAGCAGCCUCAGCACCAGUAGUGCCCACCAUAUGCGUUCCGGACGUACGUUCUCCAUCUGCGGACGAUGCCUUAAAGACUCGUAAAACGCCGUCUAUCUCAGUGACCGCAAACCAGGUUCCCGUAAUCUCUCUGCCAGAAGAGCAGUCUGAGGAGCGUCCGCUACCGGCCCGUCUAGAUGGCAACGACCUGUCGGAGGAGAAAGCUGGCGAGACGGCUAUAGAUGACGGGGAUGAUUCUCUACGUUUCUACUGUCACCUAGAUUUUCAUGAGCUGUUCUCUCCACGAUGCCGUAAUUGCAAGACGCCAAUCGAAUCAGAAGUUGUCGUUGCUUGUGGUGGAACGUGGCACGUUGGACACUUCUUCUGUGCAGAGUGUGGGGAUCCAUUUGACUCGAAGACGCCAUUCGUAGAGAAAAAUGGCUCCAUUUUCAUCUUCGGCUCCAGAUCAUUCUCGUCCACAUCAUCCUUCUACCUCGCCUCUCAAAUUCUUCUUCACAAGUAUUUCAUCGUCUGCUUCUCUUUUACUUCGAAGUUGACCAGCAUGGCACAUCAGACAGAAUCGUCUAACACCGCUGGGACUUCCGCCACCCAAACUGGUGAGAUUAUGACCAGUAGCCCCUUACCUAGUACCAUAUACGCAACCCCGAACGGUACCACCUUUAAAGACCUCCUGGAAUCAGGUAAAUACACAGAUAUGACCAUCUCUUGCGGUGAAGACAUAUACAAACUCCACAAACUUGUCAUCUGCCCGCAGUCAAGCUUCUUUGAGAAAGCGUGUAUGGGGCCAUUCAAGGAAGCAACUUCGAGAGUGAUCGACCUGAGUCACGAUGAAGCAAACGCGGUCAAACGUAUGGUUAGCUUCCUAUACACAACCGAAUACGAUGACUCUCCACCUUCGCUUAAUAGCAAGUCAAGCAUGGGUGUUGGAGGAGGUGUUCACCCUGUCCUUCAAAUAGUGAAAUCGAACAAAGACAAACCUAUCAAAGCUCUAUACAAACACUUCAGGGUGCCUAGAGGGCCCCGCAGGAUAGCCAAGCUCAUUGCGCGAUACGACGCGAAAGAGAUCCGAAAGACUGAGGCACCAAAGACGCAAGUAAGGCUGAUCAAUAACAUUGCCGUGUAUGCAGUGGCAUCGAAAUAUGACAUCAAACCCCUCAAGGACCUAGCCAGAAUCAAGUUUGCUGCUCUUCUUGGUCCCUAUGGAUUGCCGCUUGAUUUCCCUACUGUCGUGGAAAAAGUGCUCAGCAGCACCCCUGAAUCGGACGAAGGGUUGCGGGAGGUUGUCUCCGACAAGUGCUGCAAACUUGGUAAGUGGGUUUGUGGUGAUAAGUCCAUGCGAAAUGCACUUGUUGGUCAGCCGGAGUUUGCUAGCGAUCUUCUACAAAGCAUUCUAUUUAGCCAAGAUGCAAAGACUGCCAUGGUGAAAAGCGGUUUGCAAGAGGUGUCCUCGGGUCUCCUUAAAAUCCUUGACACAAAUACAGGGGUGCAAGCAAACGGAAUGAUCAAUGCAGCAAAGUUCGAAAAAUUCAAGGAAACACUAGACGAUUGGUUGGUCACUUUCAGCAUGGCUGGUGCACUGGGGCGAAUUCUUGGUCAGAAAGGCAUGUCAGAAAAACAGCUUAAAAGGCAUGGACUAUUGCGCCUGCUUGGCUGCCAAGGUGCUGCAUCUGCGCAAGUCAUCACGAACCCCGGUCACGAUGACAUGAUACAUGAUGCUGUCCUCGAUUACUACGGCCGUCGUCUCGCAACCUGCAGCUCCGAUCGCACAGUGAAAGUCUUUGAAGUAGAGGGGGAAUCACACAAGCUCACAGAGACAUUACAAGGGCACGAAGGCGCAGUCUGGUGCGUUUCAUGGGCCCACCCCAAAUACGGCACAAUCCUAGCCUCCUCCUCCUACGAUGGCAAAGUCCUCAUCUGGCGCGAAUCGCCCCCGCAAGGCUGGCAGCGCGUCGCCGACUUCUCGCUGCACACCGCCUCCGUGAACAUCGUCUCCUGGUCGCCGCAUGAGAGCGGGUGUCUCCUCGCCUGCGCCUCCUCGGACGGCAAGGUCUCCGUACUUGAGUUUCAGGAGGGGAACUGGAGCCAUAUGCUACUGGAAGCGCAUGGCGCGGGAGUGAAUGCGGUGAGCUGGGCGCCGGCGAUGGUGCCAGGGCAAUUGGUGAGCGCGAAGCCGGAUUUGGCGGUGGUGCGGAGACUGGGUCCGCGACGUCGCCUGGUCGCCGUCAACCAUUAUGGCAAAGUCAUACAUUGCGUCAUGCUCACAGGACAAGACGGUAAGGAUAUGGACGAACACGCCGGAUCAGCCAGGAACAUGGAAGGCUACGGUCCUGAACUUCGAUGCGGUGCUCUGGAGGGUUAG